CGUGUCCCGGAGAGAAGCAGGCGACCCCGUGAAGGCCCAGCGGGGAAGUCACCGCCUCAGGAUGUUGGUGAUCCUCAAGGUCUCUGAGAUUCCGUCUCUUCCCCCCGCGAUCUUGCGGGGCGUGCCUCUGAGCUGACCUGACCUGGGCGUAGUGGCUGUCCCCACGGUGAGCCGGGACGCGAAGGGUUAAGGUACCUGGGCCGCCGCCCCUGCGGCCCCUCCUCCAGCCGCCGGGAAAAAGAAAGUCUCAGCGGGGGAGCGCCCGGGUCCCGUCCUACCGACCACGGCCGCGGCGCCCAGAGCUGUGAUCCGUGCGCCCCGCUCAGCCGCCCUGGACCGGGCCGCCAUGUCUCUGUGGAAGAAAACCCUCUACAAGAGUGUGUGCCUGGCUCUGGCCCUCCUGGUGGCUGUCACUGUAUUCCAGCGCAGUGUGACCCCUGGCCAAUUUCUGCAGGAUCCUCUACCACCCACACCGGGGCCACCCAAAACUGGAAAUGUAGUCAACUCCAACAGCUUCUGGAAAAGUUCAAAAGAAAUAGUGGCUCCCACCCCCAUAUCCCCUCAGGGACCCCAGGCCUGGGAUGUGAUCACCACUAACUGUUCUAUCAACAUCAAUCUGACCCAUCAGCCCUGGGUCCAGAGUCUUGAGCCACACUUCCGGCAGUUUCUAGCCUAUCGCCAUUGCCGCUAUUUUCCCAUGUUGCUGAACCAUCCAGAGAAGUGCAAAGGUGACAUCUAUCUGUUGGUGGUGGUCAAGUCGGUCAUCACGCAGCACGACCGCCGUGAGGUCAUCCGUCAGACCUGGGGCCACGAGUGGGAGUCGGCGGGCCAGGGCAGGGGUGCCGUGCGCACCCUCUUCCUGCUGGGCACAGCCUCCAAGCAAGAGGAGGGGACCCACUAUCAGCAGCUGCUGGCCUACGAGGACCGUCUCUAUGGUGACAUCCUACAGUGGGACUUCCUUGACAGCUUCUUCAACCUGACCCUCAAGGAGAUCCACUUCCUUAAGUGGCUUGACAUUUACUGUCCCAGCGUCCCCUUCAUCUUCAAAGGUGACGAUGACGUCUUUGUCAACCCCACCAACCUCCUUGAGUUUCUGUCUGACCGGCAGCCCCAGGAAAACCUAUUUGUAGGUGACGUCCUGAAGCACGCUCGGCCCAUCCGCAAAAAAGAUAACAAGUACUACAUCCCCACCGUCAUGUACAGCAAGUCCACCUACCCGCCCUAUGCUGGCGGUGGGGGUUUCCUCAUGUCCGGUAGCCUAGCUCGGCAUCUCCACCAUGCCUGUGACACCGUGGAACUCUUCCCUAUCGAUGACGUUUUCCUGGGCAUGUGCUUGGAGGUGCUGGGCGUGCAGCCUACAGGCCACGAGGGCUUCAAGACCUUUGGCAUCUCUCGGGUCCGAGGCAGCCGUAUGAACAAGGAGCCCUGCUUCUACCGUGCCAUGCUUGUGGUACACAAGCUGCUGCCCGCUGAGCUGCUGGCCAUGUGGGAUCUGGUGCAUAGCAAUCUCACCUGCUCCCUCAAGUUCCAGGUGCUCUAAUGGUGCUGGGCCACCAGCACCUUUGCCCUCGAGUCCUUGGGGUCCUGGGCUGGGGCUACGGUGCGUGGCAGAGUCUUUGGUCCCAGGUGGAAGGUGAAGGGGGUCUGGGCCUUCUGUGCCCCUGGGUGUGGUGUGGUACAGAGAGUCAGAGAGGAACUCCCAGAAAUUCCCAGAAAGUGAGGCCCAGGAACAGCUGGAACUUCCCUGACUGGAGGUCAUCUGAGGACCUGGAUCCCUCCUAGCCUAGGCCUGUAGCCUGGCCCCGCUAUCCUGGUAGGAGACCCUGGUGGCCCCUGCAGGAACAUUUGCUCAGGUACCUGGGCUAGGCCUGGCCAGUGGGUCUGUGUCUGCCUCUCAUCAUCGCAGAGAAGUCUCUUCCUGUAAAACGCCUCGGCUCCCUGAGGGCCGGGCAGCCUUUGUGGGGGCUCAGCCCUGUGCAGGUCCACAGGCGUCCCCUCAUCCAUACCCCUGGAUCUCCCAAGAGCCGAGCCCCACAGGUUUUCAGCACAGCCCCAAGCUUGCCGGAGUCUGCUCCAGUGACGGACUCCUGGCUCUGUCUUCUCUUGUCCAGAAGCCUGACUGGCCGCUCCGACUACCUCAGCACUCCACUAAGCCUCAGUGUGGGCCACAGCCCCACCCUACACCCGACACAGGGCAAAAGAGCAGCGCUCCUGGCCCCCCAAGGCACAGUGAUACCUGACCAUAGCCCAAGCCAGGGUUCACCCUUGCACCUCACCAAUACUGACUCCCUGGCCAGAAACUGGCCUGUCUGGUCCUAGACGUUGACACUUUUCUAUUACUGUGAAGCUUUAUUUAUGAAGAAUUGGAAGGAGACAACUCCAGGCCUUGGGAGGUGGUCAGCCCUCCUCUCUACACUGUCCUUCAGCAGCCCCGGUCACCACCUGGCACCGUUACCAUUCAGUCCCACACUGAGCUCUCCCCACUGAUCCUGGGGCCUACACAGACUAUUUCCCCUGUGAAAGGAUGCCACCUCCCACCCGGACUGGGGUCACCCGGAAAAGACGGUGGCAUCAUUAGUUUCUCAAUAAAACUGGACUGGUUGCUG